AUGGCGCAGCCAGGAAAUGCAGCAGCACCAGGAGCACGAGUUUCCCCUCUGGCGCAGCAGCAGCAGUGCGGUUGCGACCACCGCGACAGACGUGCGCAGUCGUUAGAAUCGCAGAGGAAGCGCAACAGGGGUGCCGAUAUUGACAUUGACGCCUCGCCGUCCGCCAAGUCCGCUAGAACCGCCGCCUGCUCUCCCAUGCUGGGUUCGGGACAGUUCGGGACGGUGCGCAGGUGCGUCGAGAAGGCGACCGGGACGCGCUUCGCGUGCAAGACCAUCUUGAAGAGUCGGCUCACCUCCGAGUCGGAGCGCCACGACGUGCGGCGCGAGGUCGUGCUCAUGCAGCGCCUCGCAGCGGGCGCGUCUUGCGGCGCAACUUCCGGCGCAGCUGGCGCCGAGUCUGCCGCCGGGGCUGGCGGCGGACUCGCGGGGUACAAUCCGCACGCGGGGGUGGUGCAGCUGCGCGCGGUGUUCGAGGACGACGCGGCCGUGCACAUGGUCAUGGAGCUGUGCGACGGUGGCGAACUGUUUGACGAAAUCGUGCGACGCGGGCGACUGAGCGAGCGCGACGCGGCGCAGGUGUUUAGCCAGAUAGUGUCGGCUGUCGCCUUCUGCCACUCCCGCGGCGUGCUCCAUCGCGACCUCAAACCCGAAAAUAUCCUCCUCGCGCGCUAUCCCGCUUCCGCCGCCGCCGCGGCGGCAGCCGGUGCUUGCCCGCGCGUCGUCGUCGCGAAGCUGGCAGAUUUCGGGCUCGCGAUUCCGCUCAAGCAAGGCGAGCGCGCGCGCGGCGUCGCCGGAUCGCCUUUCUACAUCGCGCCCGAAGUCCUCCGCGGCGACUAUUCCCUCGAAGCCGACCUGUGGUCUCUGGGCGUCAUCCUCUAUAUUCUCCUCUGCGGCGCGCCGCCCUUCUGGGGCCCCACGGACAAGGACGUCUUUAUGAAGGUGCUGCGCGGCGCGGUGGACAUGGGCGGGGAGGAGUGGAGAGGGGUGUCGGAGGAGGCAAAGGGGUUGGUGCGGUGCCUGUUACAGCGGGAUCCCCGGCGGCGGCCGCCUGUGGGGAAGAUUCUGACUCACCCGUGGAUUCUCCUUAACUGCCUUGUCAUCCUUCUCGCCUGCACCUGCGCCAGUCCUGCCACCUCCCAAUAA